AUGAGGGAGCAAAUUGGGGCUUGGAUGACAAGAACACGGACUCCGGUGAGGGGGAAGCCAAACUUGGGCGGCGAGAGGUGGAACGGCACCACCAAGAAGAGAAGGAAGUCACGGAUCCGGGCAAGAUGGCCGAGUGUGGGCAUCGUAUGGGAUAAUUUUGAUAUCUCAAAGGUUACCAAUGCCGGAUUCAAACUUGAGUAUGUGAAUCCGGAGACACAGGGAGACCAAUUGAUUGUCGAAAUUGAGGAGGAGGACUUUGUUACUGAAAUUGAGUUCUGGAAGCAUGCGAUUGUCUGCUAUGUAUUAGGAGCCCACCCUCCAUUUACUGUGCUCCAUGGGUUUAUCCAGAGAAUGUGGGGGAAACACGGCAUUAACAAAGUGGUAAUGAUGCAAAAUGGGAUAAUAAUGGUGAGGUUUGAUACAGCAAAAGGAAAGAAUGAAAUUAUUCAAGGGGGUAUCUACCACUUUGAUAACAAGCCUCUAAUUGUGAAGUCCUGGAGUCCAGAUAUGGAAUUCACCAGAGAUGAAUUAUACUCUGUUCCAAUUUGGAUUAAAAUUCCCGGAUUAGACUUCAAAUAUUGGAGUGCGAAGGGCUUGAGCAAACUUGGGAGUUUGGUGGGGAAACCACUGAUGGUUGAUAGGAACACAGAACGGAAAAUAGGGCUGAAUUUCGCUAGAUUGCUGGUGGAAGUGCAGAUUGAUACCCCAUUACCUGAUGUGGUCUUGUUAAAAAACGAAAGAGGUAAGGUUAUUGAGCAAAGAGUUACAUACGACUGGAAACCAUCAAUAUGCAAAGUGUGUCAAAAGUAUGGACUUAUUGAGGAUAUAUGUAGAAAGAAUAAGAAAAAUGUACCAGAAGGUAAUGAGGGAAAAGUUCAAGAGGCAACACAAGUAGUAGAACAAGCACAAGACGAAUGGGGAAAUAAGGUAUCGGGGGAAGAUGUUACAGAAGAGGAUCUGCCGGCGGGGAAGGAGGUGGGCUGGAGAAGAUCAUAUAACCAAGGUGGAAGGGGUGGGGGCUGGAGACGACCACAGAAUGGAGGUGCGUGGAAAGUUCAGAAAUCAAAUGCAGAUGGCAGAGGGGCCAGUAGUAGUGUGGUAACAGCAAAUGCUACAGGGGAAGCUAAUAUCCCAGUCACAAAUACCUUCCAACCACUUGGGAGGGAGGGGGAAGUAUCUAACAAGGAGCAAGCUGAAGUUGGGAGGGGUAGUCAAGAGGCUCCUCCGGAGAAUGGUUAA